GGUGUGCGCCACCACGUUCAUCUGGCUUCUGUACUUUCUGAUCUGUGGAUAACUGUUGACUGGAGAAUCACAGCAUCUGGAAGCUGGAAGAUCUUGAGUCUCCCUCAUCGCAGUGUGUCUGCAUUUUGCACACGCUAUAGAUUUUGAACCCAGGGCCUCCCACUUGGAAGGUAGGCACUUCACCGCUGAGCCACACCCGUGGCCUCUCACUGGCGGAUUCAAGGCAGGCGCUGUACUGCAGGUAGCGCGGAUCCAGAUGCAGCACUGGACCCAGUUCGCUUGCUAAUGCCCCAGGUUACGGAGCGCAGGGACCCGGACCCUGAUCGGAUGCAGAUGCCGCCGGGGAACCCGCUGCUGCUGUCCUACACGCUGCAGGAGCUGCUGGCCAGGGACACCGUGCAGGUCGAGCUCAUCCCCGAGAAGAAGGGCCUCUUCCUCAAGCACGUGGAGUACGAGGUGUCCAGCCAGCGCUUCAAGUCCUCGGUGUACAGACGGUACAAUGACUUUGUGGUCUUCCAUGAAAUGCUGCUUCACAAGUUCCCGUACCGCAUGGUGCCAGCCCUUCCACCCAAGAGGGUGCUGGGAGCUGACAGGGAGUUCAUCGAGGGCCGCCGGAGAGCCCUGAAGCGCUUCAUUAACCUGGUGGCCCGGCACCCCCCAUUCUCCGAGGACGUCAUCCUUAAGAUCUUCCUCUCCUUCAGUGGCUCAGACGUGCAGAACAAGCUGAAGGAAGCCGCCCUGUGUGCGGGAGAUGAGUUCAUGCACUGUAAGCUGGCUGCUAGGGCGAAGGACUUCCUCCCAGCCGACAUCCAGACCCACUUUGCCAUGAGCCGGGAGCUGAUUCGAAACGUCUACAACAUCUUCUACAAGCUGCGUGACAGGGCAGAGCGGAUUGCAGCCCGGGCCAUCGACAGUGCCGCCGACCUUCUCAUAUUCGGGAAGGAGCUCAGUGCUCUAGGGUCUGACACGACCCCGCUGCCCUCCUGGGCUGCUCUGCACCUCAGCACAUGGGGCUCGCUGAAGCAGGCGCUGAAGGGCCUGUCUGUGGAGUUUGCGCUGCUUGCGGACAAGGCUGCACAGCAGGGGAAAAAGGAAGAGAAUGACGUGGUGGAGAAGCUGAACCUCUUCCUGGACUUGCUGCAGUCCUACAAGGACCUGUGUGAACGGCACGAGAAGGGUGUGUUGCACAAGCAUCAAAGGGCCCUGCACAAGUACGGCCUGAUGAAGAGGCAGAUGAUGAGUGCCGCGCACGGCCGGGAGCCCGAGUCUGUGGAGCAGCUCGAGUCGCGCAUCGUGGAGCAGGAGAACGUGAUUCACACCAUGGAGCUCCGGAGCUACUUCUCCCUGUACUGCCUGCACCAGGAGACACAGCUCGUGCACGUCUACCUGCCCCUCACCUCCCACAUCCUGGGGGCCUUCGUGAACUCGCAGAUCCAGGGACACAAGGAGAUGAGCAAAGUGUGGAAUGACCUGAAACCAAAGCUGAGCUGCCUCUUUGCCGGACCUCACAGCACGCCGACGCCACCGCGGUCCCCGCCGGAGGACGGCUUGUGUCCCCACUAGUGACGGGGCCCGCAGAAUGCCCUGCGGCCUCACUAAAGCCUCUUUGCAAA